AUGAGCAGCACUCCAGCUGAGAAGUCCACAAUGGGUUUGGUCAGCCUAUGUCAUGGUUACACGGAGAAAGAUGAUACAAUAAGAUUGGCCAACGUCUUUGAGAAAAAGGACAAGAAUGGAGAUAACAGGAUUGAAUUUUCUGAGUUCCUCUCCUUAUUGGGAGAGUCAUGUGUGGAAUUGGGAUCCUAG